CUACAUUAUUUGAUUCUUUGCCACUGUGCUGUAGAUGGAUUUGAAGAUCAACAAGUUCUGCCAGAGCGAUGAGACGACAAAGUUGGAGUUGGAGCCCAUGAAUCAAGUGGAACGCAGUGCUGUACAUGAGAUAGCCGACAUUGCUGGCCUAGUUAGCUUUGCUUUUGGAGAGGAAGACGUUAAUCGGCAUCUCAUUAUAUGGAAGAAGGAGCAGGCACCGUGCGAUGCAGAGUUAGCGGCGCUAAGGGCGGGCGUGCCGUACGACCCCGCAGCAGUAGCAGCAGCAGCAGAGGCAGCAAAGCAGAGUGCAUCUGCUACUAGGCUGGCUCGACCUAAGCCUGAAAUUGCACCGAACAGCGACUACAUGAACAAAUACAAGAAGAUUAUUGGCAACGAGACCGAGGAGAAGGUUGCACUAAGCGUAGAUGGCACCAAGGUGUUUGGCUGUGUGCCCGUUUCAUUAAAGCGAGACUCUCGCUCCAUCGAGGUGGCGAUGGAUGAAAUUCGUUCUCGCAAGAAAAGCCGUCCAGCAGAUGGCGCGCCGACACCCUCUUCGACUUCUGCAAGCACCGCCGUGGCAGCGGCAUCUGCUUCCGAUGCACCAACACAACCAAACCCUGUGCAACCAUCCGCCGACACUGGCUCACCUUGACUGUACUGGCCAUCCCAUUUAACUUACUUGACACACUCCGGAACGCAUCAUAUCUACUAUCAGUGUAACUUGAACAGAGAAUGAAAGAUCGAGUGUACUACCCAUGCAUGUACAUGUACUUGUAUUAGUAAAUAGGUCUAUAGCUAGGUAGUAGGUAUGUACUUGGACAAAUUUUGAAUUUGCUUUUGUAGGCCCAAACUGCUUACUAUUUUAAUAUAGCAACAAGGAUGACGAAUGCUUACAGUGCAAUUAGUCGUCCUUGUUGCUAACUGUUAUAUUAAAACUGCUGUCUCCGAAACGCUUGUUUGCUUACUAUUGUCCCCACAUUUCUGUCUGUAGUAUUCCUGUACAUAUUGUUGUUGUUGUUGUUGUUGUUAUUGAACAUUGCUUCUUAAUCAUGAUCAUCGUUGCCUGGCGUAUGACCAUGGUUAUGACCAUGACUAUGUAUAUACAUGUAUGGUCUGUGUGUUUCGGAGCAGCCUAAACCUACCUCUGUAAAUAGUAUGUACAGUCGUCAUGUUGUCGCAUACCACAUUGAAUUUUGGUGUAACUUA